UUUAUUGAAAAGCCGUCAAAGAUAAUGUUCAGGUAUCAGAAGUGAUGUUUUGUUUUUGUGAGUUUAGAUGUACGGUUUGUGUUGUGAACUGCACAUGCGCGUUAAUCGCGAAUCACUGAAUUUGACGCGAUUUAAUCCCUCAUUCAUUACCUGAGAGGUUUUGUUAUCCUGUUUAAAGGACAGACAGAAUGGCGAACGCAGAAUCUGCUUUAGAAAACGAGAUUAACCCUGUUGACUUCAUUCAGCUGCAGGAGUACAUCGAGUACAGCAGGAUUAAAGCUAAAGACGCAAUGAAGGAAUUUCAUGCUGGCGGAAAGCUGGUCCACCACAGGUUUGGAGAUCACACAGACGCAGCAGGAUUUGCUCAGUUCCUCAGCAGUUAUCUGGAGGUUGAAGAUUUCCCGGCUGAACUCUGCCAGCGUCUCUUCUGCUAUUUCCAAAGAUGUGAGCAGAGUUGUGUGGACCCAAGACUUCGCACCAAAGACGGCGGAGCCUCUCUUAAAGCUGUCUCGUGCUAUUUUUCCAUACUGGAGGACGGAAAUCCACGAGACAAACUGGAGUACACCUUCAAACUGUAUGAUAAAGACGACAAUGGACUGCUUGAUAGCAAGGAAGUUGACAAAAUAGUGGCACAGAUGAUGAAAGCUGCAGAAUAUCUUGGAUGGGACGUGACUGAACUGAAGCCAGUUCUUGAGGAUAUGCUGAAAGCGAUGGAUGUGGACAGCAGUGGAGCUGUGAGUCUAGAGGAGUGGAUAAACGGCGGACUGAACAACAUCCCUCUGCUGGUGCUGCUGGGGUUAAAGGUAGCUGAUAAAGACGGUCAGCAUGUGUGGCGGCUGAAGAACUUCAACAGACCCACAUAUUGCUUCGUCUGUCAGAACAUGAUGCUGGGUCUGCGCAAACAGGGAUUAUCCUGCAACUUUUGCAAAUACACCGUCCACAGCAGCUGCGCAAACAAAAACCACACGCCAUGUGUCAGGACUUUUGUCAGGUCCAAAGCAGAGAUUGGGUGUUCAGUUCAUGACUGGAUCAGCGCCGACUGUGAGUCCAACAAAUGUCAGAUUUGCCACAAAAAGAUCAAGAUACUGACAGGACAGCGCUGUGCGUGGUGUCACAGCAUGCGUCACACUGAGUGUGUUCCUCUGGGUUCAUCCCACUGUGACUGUGGAUCAUUUCAGCAUCAUAUUCUUCCACCGUGGGCCAUAUGUGCUAUGGAUCAAGCUGACUGUAUUUCGGCAAGCGGUCUGGGAGAAAAUUACCUUGUAAACAUAAACUCAGAGGGACACUUUCUGCAGAUAUUUCCAGUGAUGGACACUAACCCUCUGCUGGUGUUCGUAAAUCCAAAGAGUGGUGGAAAACAAGGAAAGAGGGUGUUGAGAAAGUUUCAGUACCUCCUGAACCCACGACAGGUUUACAACCUGGACAACGGAGGACCAAAUCCAGGGCUGCAGUUUUUCCAGAAUCUUCCCAUGUUUAGAGUGCUGGUGUGUGGAGGAGACGGCACUGUCGGCUGGGUUUUAGAUGCUGUUGAUAAAGCUAAUAUGGCGAUUCGGCCUCCAGUUGCGGUACUUCCUCUCGGCACUGGAAAUGACCUCGCUCGAUGUCUGAACUGGGGUGGAGGUUAUGAGGGCACUGAUCUGACUGAAAUCCUGAAGCAGAUUGAAGAAAGCAGAUUAAUUGAGAUGGACCGCUGGAGUCUGCGAGUCGUUCCUGCCGAUGAUGCGGACGAAGGCGAUCCGGUGCCCAAUGACAUCAUCAACAACUAUUUCUCCAUCGGUGUGGAUGCAUCAAUAGCACACCAGUUUCAUGUGAUGAGAGAGAAACAUCCACAAAAGUUCAACAGCAGAGCCAGGAAUAAGCUGUGGUAUUUUCAGCUCGCAACUUCAGAGACCAUCUCAGCUUCAUGCAGAAACCUGAAGGACUGUCUCAGCAUUGAGUGCUGUGGUGUUCCUGUGGACCUGAGCAGACUCUCUCUGGAAGGCGUCGCCGUGCUGAACAUUCCCAGCAUGCAUGGGGGUUCAAACCUGUGGGGGGAAACCAAGAGUGCUGAGAAACCAAAAACAUGGCAGGAGGUCCGAGUCGAUCCCGAGGAUCUCCAGACCUGCUCACAGGACAUGAGUGAUGAACUGCUGGAGGUUGUCGGUCUGGAGAGUGUGCUGGAGAUGGGUCAGAUUUACACUGGACUGAAGAGUAAAGCACAUCGACUGGCUCAGGCGGCUCACAUCACUAUCAGGACAUGUAAAACUCUGCCCAUGCAGGUUGACGGAGAGCCGUGGAUGCAGCCUCCGUGUACAAUUCACAUCACACACAAAAACCAGGCUAAUAUGCUGACGGCUCCGGCUGCUAAAUCACCGGGAUGCUUAUUCAAGUAAAAUAGAAUCGAGGUGUAAAUAAACAAACAAAAUUAUAACAACAAUACAGU